GCGCACGCAGCGACCUGCUCAGCUCGGCGCCGAAGUUUCGAAACAUGCGCCGCCGGCACCGCCGCCGCGGCGGUCCGUCGGGUCUCUUUGUCGUAGGCAACGGGACGCUCGACGCAGACCUCAAGGCCUGGCUCGAUGAGCGGCACGUCUCGCUGCCGUGCUCCUACCACGAUACAGCCGUGUACUUUGCGCCGACCUCGCCUAAUGGGAUUGGCAACAAGCUGCUAGCUUUGACCAUGUCGUUCCACAUGGCGCUGAUGCAGCGGCGUGCGCUCGUGGUGACAGACUGGCCGCCAGCAACGAUGCCGACAUCGUACCCGCUCGAGGAACUCGUGCGGCCGUCGGCGUGUCAGCGGCUCUUCGAGGAGGACCAGCGCGGCCGCGCUCCCAUCCGCAACUUUGGCGAGGGCGUCGCUGCGUGGACGCGCUCGGUGCGCCGGCCCCUCGUCGGAAUGCAUGUGCGGCUGGGCGACGGGUGCGGCGACGCGAAGCGAGGCGGCUGCAAGUACGUCAAGUCGUUUGCGCACGCCGUCACGCGCUUGCGCGAGGCGGGGGCGAUGACGGCUUCCACGGACGGCUUCGACGUGCUCACUCUGCGCGAGGAGCGCCGACUGCGGGAGUCGGGGACGUGUCCAGGACAUGUCCAGGACGUGUCUGCCGACUUGUUGGCGGGCGUCUUCGCCUCCACCUUCGUCAAGAUGGCGCUCCAGCUCGGCGCCGCCUCCGAGUACGUGACACUCGACACCUUCCCGUGGUGCCCGCUGCUGCGCUGCUAUUGGGGCUGGCGAGACCUCUGCCACAACUGCGAGGCGGUGCGCACGGGCGCACCGCCGCGGCGUCGGCCCUUCGCCGCCUUCCUCACUCUGGUCGGCGACGCGGCCACGUGCCCAAGCUUCGCCGACCACCCGCUCGCAGCAACAUCGUACGCGGCGCCCGUCGUCGGCGACAAGUUCGCGCCCGAGCCGACCUCGAAGCCCAACGACCUGCGGCUUCCGGCGGCUUCGCGGCGUGGACAACGCGUCGCGCGCGUGGUGUGGCCGGCCGGAGAGGCGCCGUCUCUGGCCGAGUGCGAGCGGCGUUGCUGUGCCGAGCCCACCUGCCACUCGGUGACCUACGAGCGCAACUCCUCCACUUGCACAGCUGGCCUCGCCAUUGCUCACGGCGCGCGGCCGAGCGAUUGGUGCUGGCGCCCGCGGCUGGCGGCGCCGUCGACCGUCACUUCGCUCCGCCUGCCGGGCGGGUGGGAAGCGGAGGCGGUCGCCGCCGCGGGCAAGGUGCUCGCGGCGACCAAUUUGGUGCGGCGCGGCGGCCGCGCGAGUGGUGCACGGCUCUUCCACAAGGGGUGGAACCGUGGCCAUUGGUCCGACCCCGCCGGCCACUCUCACCCGCUCGAGCGCACACUCACGCCAAAGGGGUGCGACGGCGGCGGCGGCGGCACUCGGGACGUGGUCGUGUCGGACCUCGUCACGGACGCUGUGCCUCACUACGACAAGCGACCAGGCAAGGGGCUGAGGGCCAAGGGCCAUUUUUUCGUGGCAAAACUCGUCACAAGCUUUGGCGCCAAAGCAGAUUUCACGGGCGUUCGAAGCGACUGGCUCAACCGGGCAUGCUUUGCUUCCUUCGAGCUCACUUGA